AGGUAGUUGUUCGGCGCCGGCUGAGAUCAUCACGAAUAUUUCUGAAUAAUGUCAAUGAGAUCGUCUCCCCUUGCGGAUAAAUUACGAGGAUGGCAUAGGACCACGGCCGGGUGUAAGGGCUGAGAACGUCCAUUAUUUCCCUAGGAUUACUGUUUUCGUUUGGCUACUCUAUUUCAUAAAAGAUGGGAAACUGUUUCGGUGGUUCCGAUCACACCCCAGCUCCAAGAACCAACAAUGGAGGUGUGGAAACCCCUCAACGCACGAAACCAGCGUCGGAAAAUGGUGCUGUGAGCGUGUCGAGCACUGGGGGAUCAAUUGUGACAAAUGUGAACCAGUCGGCAGCAUCUCCGAUUGCAGCAUCUCCAAAACAUCAGUCAGAACAAUCGUUAGGAGAGCCUCUCUCCUCGAGUAAAAUAUUUGUUGCAUUAUACGACUACGACGCAAGGACUGAUGAAGAUUUGAGUUUUAGAAAAGGGGAACACUUAGAAAUUCUAGACGAUACCCAAGGGGACUGGUGGAAUGCUAGAUCCAAGAUUACUAAAAACAAGGGAUAUAUACCGUCCAAUUAUGUGGCCAAGUUAAAGAGUUUAGAAUCCGAACCAUGGUAUUUCGGUAAAAUCAAGAGAGUGGAAGCAGAGAAGAAGUUAUUAUCGCCAGAAAAUGAACACGGGGCAUAUUUAAUUCGUGACAGUGAAAGUAGAAGAAACGACUAUUCAUUAUCAGUUCGUGAUGGUGACACAGUAAAGCACUACAGAAUUCGUCAGCUGGAUGAGGGUGGUUUCUUCAUCGCUCGCCGUGUAACAUUCAGAUCUCUUUCGGAACUGGUCGACCAUUACAGUUCUGAUGCUGAUGGCCUCUGUGUCAACCUUAGGAAACCAUGCUCACAGGUGGAGAAGCCCCAGACUGUUGGUCUGUCCUACAACACCAAGGACCAGUGGGAGAUCCCCAAGAAUUCCCUGAAACUCAUCCGCAAGAUCGGCCACGGCCAGUUUGGUGAGGUGUGGGAAGGCUUGUGGAACAACACCACUCCUGUCGCCAUCAAGACUCUCAAACCAGGCACCAUGGACCCCAAGGACUUCCUGGCUGAGGCCCAGAUCAUGAAGAAGCUGAGACACUCCAAGCUGAUCCAGCUGUAUGCCGUCUGCACUCAAGAUGAGCCCAUCUACAUCGUCACCGAGCUCAUGAAGAAUGGCAGCCUGCUUGAAUACUUGCAGGGCAAGGGCCGAGUGCUGAAGCUGCCCCAGCUGAUUGAUAUUGCUGCCCAGAUUGCUUGUGGCAUGGCCUACCUUGAAUCACAGAACUACAUCCAUAGGGACCUGGCAGCCAGGAACAUCCUUGUUGGAGACUGCAACAACGUCAAGAUUGCUGACUUUGGUCUGGCCCGAGUUAUCAAGGAGGAUGAGUACGAGGCUAGAGUUGGAGCCCGCUUCCCCAUCAAGUGGACGGCACCCGAGGCCGCCAACUACAACAGGUUCACCAUCAAGUCCGACGUCUGGUCCUUCGGCAUCCUGCUCACCGAGAUCGUCACUUAUGGACGGGUGCCUUAUCCAGGAAUGACAAACGCCGAGGUUCUGCACCAGGUGGAACAUGGCUACCGCAUGCCCUGUCCACCCGGAUGCCCCAAGACAUUGUACGAUAUCAUGCUGGAGUGCUGGAGGAAGGACGAGCUGGAGCGACCCACUUUCGAAACACUGCAGUGGAAACUGGAGGAGUUCUUCCCCCUGUCAGUCGACCCCUCCGAGUACAAGGAGGCAUCGUAUGUGCGAUAAGAACACAGAUCGUAUGGACCAAACUUAAUCUCAAAUCCGCUCAAAUUUGUAUGAGGCUUGACAGGACAAUGCGUUGUGGGAUAUAUUCAGUGUGUCGGAGUUGAUUAUAGUUACAGCUUGUGAUGUCAAACUACGGUGAGCAGUGCUGUAAGAAGCUGAAACGUUGGUGUUUUAAGUGUGGAUCUGGACACAAAGAUGGUGUAAGGUGUAGUGAUAUUGUCUGUGAAUCAGUACAGUGACGAGACAUUGUUGAUUUUCAAUGGUGCUGAAGGAGACGAUUGUACAAUCAGUACUAUGUGCCAUUAUUGACACCCACACUUGCAUUGCAGCGGUUUCUCAUUGCGAUUCACAUUGCAGUGGUUUCACCUUGCAAUAGACAUUGCAGCGGUUUCACCUUGCGAUACACAUUGCAGCGGUUUCACAUCGCGAUACACAUUGCAGCGGUUUCACCUUGCGAAUCACAUUGCAAUGGUUUCACGUGACGAUUCACAUUGCAGCGGUUUCACAUUGCGAUUCACAUUGCAGUGGUUUCCUACUGAACAAUUGCAGAGAGAACUGUUUUUAACUUGUUGUGACUUUGUGUCGUUUUGUCUUUUUAAUUGAAAUUUCUAGAACAAAUCAGUAGUUAUCACUUAUCGGAGACAUACUGUGUGUGCUUUUAGUACUUAAGUGCUUUUACAUGACUAGCGAACAGUUGUUGACCCCGUGUCUGAUAUAGAUCAAUCACCUCUAUGUCUCUUCCGUCAUGUGACCUAUCAUGUGACUUUGUCCGGUCUUUCAUGUUGUCCUGAGUGAUAGUGAUAAUGGGAAAUGCUGGAAAAUGAGGGGGCAUCUCAAAUUUCAGACAUUAUACUUAUUCAAAGUAUCUUAAAGAUAAUGUAUUUAGUUUAUUUUAAUAUUAGAUAACUAGUGUAAAGAUAUUCUACAAAAGAUAUUUUUGGUGAGGAUAUAAAUUGCUCUAGUUAUAUUUACCGUUCUAAUAUGAUAGUCUGAAUUUGACAUGACCCCUCUAUUGCUUGUACAUAGAGUUGUAAGUUAUAGCCCUUUCACAUUGUUGUAUUGCACAUGAUGCAUGCAAAAUGCUGCUCCAUUUUACCACAGCCUAGAAUUUUCUCCUCAGAAUUUGUGCUUCCUGGAUAUAUAACCAGAAAAUUAUUCCAGAAAUUGGCAAAUAUUGCUGAGAGAAUUGUAGUCAUAAUCAUGAUAAACACAAACAUAAUAUUUCUAUUUUCACUUCUGUCUGCACUAUUUUUCUACCAUAAAAACUUUAACUCUACUUAUGCAUAUAUAUGUCACCUUGGCAUUGUUCUCAAAUCUUGUCUACAAAACAUUUGAUUUACUUUUGAUCCAGGUUAAAGCUUUUUUAACAUUAAGAUCAUGUUUUGUCGCCUUGAUACUCUAGAAUAUUCUUCAGAAUGAAAUUCUAAUAUUGAUAAAAAAAGAAAUUCGCACAAGUAAAAUCUCAAGAACAUUCCACUUCGAACCUAUGCCAUGAAAUGUCUCAGUAGGACGAAUCUUUUCCUAUUCUAACAGUUGUAUUCCUAAAUGUAUGGAAGCUCUAUCAGGGAAUAUACUCCAAUAGAGCCCACAUAUGCAAUAGUGGUCAGAAUUUGUGUUCUGCCUUGAUAAUUGCAACAGGGUAACGACAUAGCCACGGAAGUGACAUUUUGUACUGACUUUCUACUUCUGACAUGUCUCUGUAGGUUUCUGUUUCCACUUGCUGUGUAUGUCUCUUUGAUGUCCCAACUACAACGUUACUGGCAAAUUGUGAUGUACUUCCUAGUCAAUCACCUGCUCACUGAUCAACCCGGAGUUCUAUUGACAAAAUCUACUUCUCGUAUCGUACCACUAAGACAGUUCAUGCCAGGUGACCUGCAUGCUGAGCAAACACUUACCUGAGCUGAGGUGUGUCUCAUACUGAAUGGGCCUUUCCUUGAAUAAGGUGUGUCUUAUACUGAAUGAGCCUUUCCUUGAAUAAGGUGUAUCUCAUACUGAAUGGGCCUUUCCUUGAAUAAGGUGUGUCUCAUACUGAAUGGGCCUUUCCUUGAAUAAGGUGUGUCUCAUACUGAAUGAGCCUUUCCUUGAAUAAGGUGCAUCUCAUACUGAAUGAGCCUUUCCUUGAAAAAGGUGUGUCUCAUACUGAAUGAGCCUUUCCUUGAAUAAGGUGUAUCUCAUACUGAAUGGGCCUUUCCUUGAAUAAGGUGUGUCUUAUACUGAAUGAGCCUUUCCUUGAAUAAGGUGUAUCUCAUACUGAAUGGGCCUUUCCUUGAAUAAGGUGUGUCUCAUACUGAAUGGGCCUUUCCUUGAAUAAGGUGUGUCUCAUACUGAAUGAGCCUUUCCUUGAAUAAGGUGCAUCUCAUACUGAAUGAGCCUUUCCUUGAAAAAGGUGUGUCUCAUACUGAAUGAGCCUUUCCUUAAAUAAGGUGCAUUUCAUACUGAAUGAGCCUUUCCUUGAAUAAGGUGUGUCUUAUACUGAAUGAGCCUUUCCUUGAAUAAGGUGUGUCUCAUACUGAAUGGGCCUUUCCUUGAAUAAGGUGUGUCUCAUACUGAAUGGGCCUUUCCUUGAAUAAGGUGUGUCUCAUACUGAAUGAGCCUUUCCUUGAAUAAGGUGCAUCUCAUACUGAAUGGGCCUUUCCUUGAAAAAGGUGUGUCUCAUACUGAAUGAGCCUUUCCUUGAAUAGGGUGUGUCUUAUACUGAAUGAGCCUUUCCUUGAAUAAGGUGCGUCUCAUACCGAAAGAGACUUUAUUGAGCUCAGGAAUGUCUUGUAUUGAAGAGAUACAUUCCUGAGCUGAGACGUGUGACGUCCAAUACCAAAAAAGAACUUUCUGACAUGAGACGUGUCCUUAGUUUUUCUGUACAAAAUAAAUUAAUGUUCCAAUGGAAUUAAAAUUAAUUACUUGUUCAGGUUUGAAUAAUGAUACAUAAGAUCCUAAUUAUUCUAAUACACAACCAGAUUGAAGGAUAGGUUUCCAAGAGAAGUGGACAUUAGCUUCAGCUUGAGUUGUAUGAUGAGGAUUUGUUCAAGUCAAACGUGCAAAAUAACUUUGUGGUAGUCAGACUGCAUUGACCACAUGUACAGUCCACAUGACACUGGUAAUGUAGAUAUAUAAGGCAGGAUAACCAACAAGAAUCUGCAAUGCUGGGUUUCUCUAUACUCCGCCAUCACACAGUUUAGGGAAGAAUUGCACACAGCACAUCUUCAUGGCCCAAAGUGAUGACUGUGCUACAAGAUUUACCUCCCUUUGUCUGUUCAGACUUAUAAUUUCACACCCAAGUUUAAGGAACAUAUUACGGUAAUAAUCUACUAUGGAUCAGUACAGACAUACAAAUUGUCACUGAUUAGGUCACCAGUCUAUACUCUCUGUGACACAUAAGUUGGGCCAACUGUUUUCUGAAGUCCCUUAAAUGAUGUUUAUAUAUAGGGAUCAGUGCUAUUAGUGUGACUGAACAUGUGUUUGAGUCUUGUCAAGAAUAUUUUUGGGUUCUUAUUAAACAAAAUUGUUUGACAUACUUGGCUUGAAUUAUCUGCACUGGUUCAGUGGUAGAUGAGGUAAGUUAAUUCAAGUUUUCAUGGGUCUCGACAAGUCGUGUUUAGAAUUUUAUUUUAGAUUUUGUUGACAUUGUUUUAUUGUUAUCUUUACUGUUCGAGGGUGAGAUAAUAGAUUGUGACUUCAUUGUAUUGCCACAUGAUUCCUUUUUACACUUUUGAUAUUGAUUUCAAAAUAAUAAAUGUUAAAUAAUAUGAAUGCCAUCUCAUGAUCUAUUGAAUCAACUUUCUAUAUGCUAACGGUCUUCUUUCAAACUUCUGUAUUCAUAAACUAUAGAUUUCUUGCACAUUACGCUCUCCAUGAGUUCUUUAUUUGUAACAGUAAUACUUAUAAAUAACCAGUUAACAUGAAUUUCUCUAAAAUGGCACCACUGUCUCUUUAGAUGGCAUUAUUGCAUUAAAAAGUGCUUUAAAGGCACACUGAUGUUUAAUCAAGCUAUAAAACUAAAUGAACGUUAAUUCAUGCUGUCCAGUGCUGGAAUUAAAUGGUAUUUUUGCAUGUUCCCCAUUCCGUUGAUAGUAUCAUCGUCUCGUCCAAGUUGGUAUGGUGUGAGGUAAAGAGAGGGAUAAAAGAGUUUGUAAUUUUCUAUGAUGUAAAUAACUGCAGUAUAAUCUUGUCAUAUAUAAAUCCAUUUAAGCUUCAACAACCUACUAACAAAGAGAGUGGAUGUGAUGAUUUGUUCAACCAUGUAUUACAACCAACUACGUUAAACUAUUGUCCUGGCAAAGAGGGACCGAAAUGUAUGGGUGAUAUCUGCAGUAAGUUGGAACAAAUCGUGACUGGCUCUGAGAGACACCAGUGUGCUGGGUGCUAUGCCCACCAUGUAUAGUUGUCUGUUUGUUACUGUGUUGAUGUAGACGUCCUACUGCGGAACCAAGUGCAAUCUCUGAUCAGGUACACUGCUGCUGUUGCUGCCGUAGCCACCGAAGCUUACUGUGGUACGUCAGCCAGCUCUUGUACAGCUUGCUCCUAUAGCAAGGUCAGUCUCUUUUUAUGUAAUAAAAUGGCAUUAUGAA